CAACGGACCACAAGAAAAACAGCCUGGAUCCUGAGCAUUCAGCUUCUGUCUUUAUACAACAGACACCGCCUGAAUCCCAUGAAAGCCUGUGUUGUUUCCCGAAAUCCACCAUCAAGAUAAAUUCCAGAGCAGCCUCUCAAAAUUGCCUAAACGAGAUGAGACAAGGAGCAAGAUGGAGAAGUGUUUCUUGGAGCUACUUGAGUUUAAUAUUCAUGUGUCUGCCAGUGUUUAUGCAAAAUAUUACUUUGACCUGCAUCAUUUGAUCUUGGCAAAUGACCAUGGUGUGUAUUUUCUGUUUCAUCUUCUUCACAAAGAUAAAGCACAGAAACUGAAGGCUAUGUCAUGGCCGUGUGAAUACAAAGACUUGCAUCAAGAUGCCGCUGCUACGAAAAGGGCUAUCAGCAUGAAUUUCAUUGGUAUUCGGUGCACUAAUGCCAUCUUAUCUUAAAGAGAGAAAUUAGCCUUAUAAGAUCCUGAACUUCUC